UGAAGGAUGAUUUAAAAUGCGUAACCAAACAUGAAAAAAAAGGUAGCAUAAACCCUAGAAAUUACAAGAGCUUAAACCCCUCUGUAAUAUCAAUUCAGGAUCCAUAUUCCAGAAGGAAAAAAAGAAAAGAAAAGAGAAGAAGCUUUAAUGGCUGGUUCGACGAUUCUCUCUAGAUUAUCAUCAUCUCGGUUAAAGGCUCUUCCUGUAAAGCUUAAAAGCAGCAAACCAGUGUUACCCACUAUUUCUCCAUUGAAAUCGAGCUCUCAGUCUCAGUUUUCUUCUGCUUCUUCUUCUUCUUCUUCUUCUUCAGUGAAGCGCAUUUCCGGGAUUCCAAGAGAAAUGGGAAUUUCCCUUUCAUUUAGAUUACCAGUGGAGCUGAGCUGCUUAAUCUCAAUGAUGCCUUUGCACAGUGCGGUUGCUUCGGCUCGCCUCAGAUCAUUUCUUGCUAUAGAAUCUCAGAGUUGGGGUUUGAUUCCUCAAGGUAUCUCUAUGCCUUUAUAACAGCACCCGUGGUUAGUGUCUGGUAAUUUUUCUUGCCAAAAUGGAGUGUAAUUUCAUUACGAACUCGAAUUCUGUAAGGGUUCAUUCUUAAUAAUUUUCUUGUUGUUUGUUACGGAUAUGAUGAAUGCUGGAAGUCUUGAUCGUUGAGAAAUGAGUCAGACAUGAAUCGAACCAAGAUAUGUUUUAUUUCUCCGAAAA